AUGUUUCCUCCCAUCGCGAUUUCGUUCGUUUGCGUAUCUCUGGCCGUUUUCGGUUCCACCGCUUCCGUGCCACAACAAUCACAACAACGGCAAGAGGACGGAUUCGGCGCCGUCCUGUGGUCGGUUCUAGACGAUUGUUUUGGCGACGUCACUUCUGCCGUACCAGCCACCGUGUGCCUCAAGUCCAAAGCGCUGACUGCCCUUGACAGAGCCCUCGGCAAGUCCGCCGUGACCCUUACGGAAGGCGUGACCCUGGCCGCCAGGGCCGGCAAGUCACUGGCCUUCGACCCACAAGCCGACCGGGCCGACCGCGCCGCCCUGGACGCCGCCCCGGACGACGACAGCAAGAACGCCAUGCUGGACGACAUGCUAGCCAACCGCAUGGACAGGCUCAUGUCCACCAGGACCAUCGUGCUGGACGGUGUCGACCAAGAAGGUCGCAAGAAGAAGGACAAGGGUAUGCAACAAGCCAUCAUGAUGGCUGGUAUGACGGCGGCCGCUGUAAUGGGACCGAUGGCAUUAAAAAUCAUCGCUUUAAUCUCAGUCAAGGCACUGUUGAUAAGCAAAAUCGCAUUGGUGCUGUCCGGUAUUAUGGUGCUCAAGAAACUCAUGCAGCCCCAACAGGGAGGUGGUGGUGGUGGUGGUGGUGGUCACGAAACCGAAUCGCCGUCUCAUCAUUACGGCCGGAGCAUCGAAGGCGCAGCUCACCACAUUGCGUACUCGGGCCAAAAGCAAUAA